AUGGCCUAUGCGCAGUAUCGCGUGAACGUACCGUCCUCUCGCCAUGCUCAAUAUGUUUCUGUCCCAGUCAACUCGGCCAGCGAUCCCAGCACAUAUCUAGAUUUCCUCCAGCUAAGCCAGCACGCACAGCCGCACGACCCUCACGACCCUCAUGAGCAGCAACAUCAGCAAAUCCAGCCACAACAUCAUGUGCAUCAGCUACAAACGACACCAACUCAGCCCCAAGCCGACGUAUACAGCCCUCAAGGACAUCCGUCUACUCCGUCGGCUUCCCCCCAACAUGGACAGCAUCCAAAGCCUCCUUAUGGUGCCGGGGAUUCUGAGGAAGGGUACACUCUUGUUUUUGUGAAUAUGGCUACCUUCAAUGCAUGGCGCCUUCAAGAAGAAGAAUCCAAGUGCAUUGAAUUCGUGAAAGGUGAUAUGCACCAGUCCAAGGCCAUCCCCCACGAUUCAAAGAGCACACGAAGCUGGAAAAAGUACAUCAAGAAACACCCCGAACGCCAACGGAAAGUUCCCUCGCGCAAGAUUGAGGGGGAAGGAUGCCCCGCGUCCAUAUCUUUCAAGACUUAUUAUGGAACCGACGAAGUCCGCGCAUCUUACAAUCCCAAUCAUUCGCAUGAAAUCGGAGAAGCCAAUAUCCCUUUCACUCGAAGGGGGCGGAAAGCUAUGGCCCUUGCGAAGGCUGAAUCCAAGAAACGACGCCGUACUGGUGAUUCGGAAGAAGCUAAUCCCGAGGGGAAGCCGAGUGAUGGCGAAGAUGAGCCAUCUCCCUCCGACACUAUGACAGAAACUAACCACGUAACUGAGUCUAUGGGAGGUGCCACCGUUGAUGAUAGUGCAAAUCUCAGCGACCAUACGUUGUUACCUUCCCCUAUGAACGAUUCGUUGAUGACGAGUGCUCUCGGGUUGAGCGGACCACAUGGAACCGUCCUCCGUCCAUAUUCUCAUAUUCCGACAUCUCCAGUUAGGCAGACCCACCAACCUCAACCUCAUACACCAUCUCACACACCAGUGCACACCUCGCCUGCCGCUUUCCAUCAUAGACAGCCACCUCUCUCUCAUCCUCCAACUCCACGCAUGCACUCAAAUAGCAUCGGGCAGCCUCAGUCACAGCUCCCUACCCCUCCUUCCGCCCAGUCUCACUCCGCGCUCCUUCACUCACUCCGCCACUCGAACAUACCUUUACAAGGUGUUUCGACCCCAGCCUCGGUCUCUCCUGAUCAGGCUCGCUGGAAUCGAAUGACGGUCUUAUUCGAGUCUGUCCGCAACCAUGCUCGCACGGUGGAGUUUUCACCUGCGUCCGUAGCCGCGUUAGAAGCUGUGUUAGUCCGAUUGCACCUUGAAAGUCCGCCUGCGCCUCCCAUCCCCGCUGGCACGGCGGCUGGAGGAGCACCGAUAUUGGGACUCCACCUGAACCUUAAUACCCUGGAGCACCAAGCCAAUAGCCUUUGAUCUCCUGCUUCGUUGGUAUAUAUUUACUGCAUAGAGUGAACCGUUUUAUGUUGAUUCCUUUUCUGGGCAUAAGCCUCCGUUAGUUGCGCACAGAGCGACCUGCUGGCUUGUCCCAUUCCCUCAAUAGAAGUGUUGUUAUUAUUCAUGUUGCUCCGCAGAUGCGUUUCUCCUCGCCUCCCAGUUUGCAUCCCUAAGCUGCGUUUUGCAUCCCUGCAGCCACAACGACUGUAUCUUUAGCUGUCUGUCCUCCUACCACCGAUGUGCUUGUCCAUAGAAGAUGAUAUCCCCUCGCAGAUACAAUGAUCAUAGAUGUUUGUCCUAUGUCGUGUUUUC